ACCUUAAAUAUUUUUUACUCAGUGUAAUGAUGUAAUGAAAAGUUGAUUGUAUUCAAAAGAGAACAUUUAUCAGUAACAACUUUUUAUUUGGUUAUGACUGGUUACGUAAAAGUAUUAUUUAUUCAUCAGUGUGUAUACGAGACUUUUAUUAUUUACCUUCCAUCAAAUUUCCAUUUGUUUUUUAAAAUAUUCACCUAUAUUUGAAUAUAGGCAGGGGAAAAUCUACAACAUGUAGGACAAUAUCCCUUGAAGACCAGGUUGGGAAACACUGAAGCAGAUGAUCAAUUGAGGGAAGAGUGUCUUUUACUUUUUUAUUUUUCUUCCAGCGUCUUAAAAAUGUUUUGCUAUGUCAGGUAAUUUGGUACAAAUAGUUUUGCUCGUUACUUCUGAUUGUUUCAUUCUGUUUUGUUCCCUUUUAAUGUAUCAUGUGAAAUUACAUAAAACACGACAGAGAAGCAGCUGCUAUCAAUAAUGGUUUCCAGUAUUAGGGUCUAUGAGUAGCAACAGUCGAGUCUAAAACUCUGAUUUAUGGUUUAAGAAAGUUCUGCUGUUAUCAGUGAACAUUUUAAAUGGGUAAACUCUGGAAUUAAGAAAUUAAAUCAGCAAACUCAUGUGUGUCAACCCCCCCUCCAAAAAACAGAGUUUGAAUAGAAAGUAGAGCAACAACUGAGUGACAGGAGCAGCUAAAAUAGCACAAUCUCAAGACAAACGAUAGAUCUUACUGUCAACAUGAAGAGUUGUUACAUCUUUAAAUUGCCCUGUCCAAAAUUUCAAAUCAGUAUGUAAUGUUUCACUGUUUAAUUAGGUAGUCCAAAUUCGAAUGAAUAAAUGUGAAUUUUCAGUUUUUUAUUUGACCCAGUGGGUUUUAUUCUGUUAAUUGAUAUAAAACCUAUUUGCUUAUUGAUUUCUUAAGUUUCAGUUUUAUUGUAAAAACGUUUAAUCUUUGUUUUAUGUAAUGAUGGUUGGUGAAUAUUGUGGAGCGUUUUACUGCUGGUGUUUUAUAUUUAAUAUGCAAAGAAAGUUUAGGUUGCCAGAGUAAAUGCAAUAACUCUAGUUGCCCAGCAGAUGGCGAUCUCUGACCAUGUUUGACUUUAUCAACCAACCAUCAAGCUAAACAUCCACUUUGGCACUCUUUUACUUUCAUUUAGAAACAGGGUUUAGUACGGUGAGAACAAGCAGAAACGUCGGCAGUGUGAAGUUAACAAAAUGGCUGCUUCAACUGAUGUUUCCAACUCAGCACAAAGUCACCCUGAUGCAGAGUUGAGGAUUGUGUUGAUAGGAGGAAGAUACAAUAACCUUCUGAAUGGUAAAAGUUCAGCUGGAAACAUCAUUCUGGGUCAAAAUGUUUUUGACACCAGCAGAAGAACAGCUCAGAGUGAAGUGAGGCAGCAGGAAAUACUCGGCAGACGAGUCACAGUGGUUGAUACUCCAGGAUGGUGGUGGCAUUACCCUAGAGAAGAAACUCCAAGACUGGAUCAGAUAGAAAUCCAGAACAGUGUCCAUCUGUGUCCACCAGGACCUCAUGUCUUUCUUCUGGUCAUUCCUGCUGGUUCACAUUUUUCUCAGCAUGUCAAACCAUCACUAAAGCAGCGCUUGGAGCUUUUCAAUACAGAUGUUUUCAGUCACACCAUCGUGCUGUUCACUGCAGUCGAUCCAUGUAGUGAUGAAAAGAUAGAAUCCAGAAUCAGAAGAAAUUCAGUCCUGCAGUGGAUUCUUCAACAAUGUGGAGACAGAAAACAUUUUCUCAACAUCAGUAACAGAGAAGAUAGAGAUCAAGUCAAGAAGCUUUUAGAGAAAAUUGAGAUCCUGAUUACAAUCAGUGGAGGCAGACACUGUUCUGUUGACAGACGUCAAGGAGAAGCUCUGAGAAAAGAAAUGACAGAUUUGACUGAAAGAGCCUCAAAAAGGUUUGAUCAAAUCCAGAAACAAAGACAGAAACUGAAGCUACAGAUUGAAGGUGGGAAAGUUCCUCCAGAUUACUUAAGAAUAGUGAUGAUUGGAGGGUCAUAUGGUGGCAAAAGUUCAACAGGAAACAGUAUACUAGGAAAAAAAAUGUUUAAUGUUAAUGAAAACAUUGACAGAAGAACAACCCACAGUGAAAUCAGUCAUGGUGUGGUUGAAGGAAGGCGGCUCACAGUGGUCGAUUCUCCUGGAUGGUUCUGCUUCAACACCCUUCAGGAAACCAGUGAGAUGGAUAAACUGGAAAUAGAGAACAGUGUGAAUCUGUGUCCUCCAGGACCACAUGCUGUGCUGCUGGUUAUUCCUCUGGCAACCAACGUUGAUGAAUCAUAUCUGAGAUCUGUUCAGGAACACAUGAGUCUGUUUAGAGAAGACAUCUGGAAACACACACUUCUUGUGUUUACAUUUGGAGACUGGUUAGGAGUGAAGACUGUAGAGGAGCACAUAGAGAGUGAGGAAGGUCUGCAGUGGAUAGUGAACAAGUGUGAGAACAGAUAUCAUGUCCUGAACAACAAGGACCACAGUGAUAAGACUCAGGUAAAGGAACUUCUGGAGAAGAUUGAAGAGAUGUGGGCAGGAAAUGAAAAAUCUUACUAUGAAGUGGAGCUGGACCGAGCAACACAGCUAGAAACCAAGAGAGAGACUGGAGACAAGAUGGCCAAAAGGUUGAAGACGAUCAAUGAGAGAAAGACAAGAGUAAUGAAAGAGCUGUUUGAAGGUGAGAGACAUCCAAUCACUGACAUCAGGAUUGUUCUUGUUGGUCAGAAAUGUUCAGGAAAAAGUGAAGCUGGAAACAUGAUUCUGUUCAAUGAUCUUUUUAGCCUUACUUAUAAAAGAGCUUGGUUGGAAAAGAACCAACAAGAUCAGAGAAAAACUUCAACAUGUGUGGAACAUGAAGGAAACUUUGAUGGAGUAAAAGUCUCAGUUGUUGAAACACCAGGCUGGUUCUCAGACCCAACACCACCUCACUGGAUCAAAUAUGAAGUUCUCCACAGUGUCUCCAUGUGUUCUCCUGGACCUCAUGUUUUUCUCCUGCUUGUUCCCAUCCUCAGAUCUUUUACAGAGAAAGAUCUCAAAGCUCUGAUGGAGAUCUUGAAGCCGUUAACAGAGAGAGUGUGGAAACACUGCAUGGUGCUGUUUACCUGGGGAGACUGGCUCAAUGAUCUCCCUGUAGAGAAUUACAUUGUCAGAGAGGGAAAGGAGCUUCUGGAGCUUCUGGAAAAAUGUGGGAACAGAUACCAUGUUCUAAACUCUAGAAGAUCUGAUUGUUCUGUUCAAGUCAAAGAGUUGUUCCAAAAAUUUAUUAACAUGGUAAACCAAAACAAAGAAUGCUUCACAAUUAAAAGCAAAGAUCAUAAACUUCAGAUUCUACCUUGGCAAGCAAAACAGAUAGAAAAAGAGUGGAAAAAGAGAGAACAGGAGCUGAUAGAGCGAAUGAUGAAAGCUUUAUCAAUGGAACCAGAAGAACCAACAGAGCUUCAUGUGAGAACAGCAUGGAGCAAAGAAGAGGGUCCUGACAUGAGUGGAGAUGUUGCCUCAGAAUAUGGGAGCAUUUCAGAGAACAGGAGACGACGAGAACAUGACCAAGUUUCUGAAUGGCUGAAUAAAAGAGUGAGAGAGUCAGAGAUCAGCUCUGGGAUCGGCAGCAUUUCUUCCUCAAUCACUUACAUGGAAAACUUAGAGGAACAUUUUGAAAUUGAUUAAAGUCAACAUUCAAAUUUAGCAAAAGAACAAAGCGCUAACUUAUCUCAUAAGUUUCUAAAAACAUUUAAAUAAUUUUAUUUUAGCUACUUAGAAAAAAGAUGGAUACUGACUCUAAAAGAGUUAUAUUCUGAAAGUUUUUUUUUUUAAAUUUCUGCUAUAUAAACAUUUUACGUAUUUCAAUAAAUAUUAACACUUAAAUAUUUUAAUUAGUUUUCAUCAUGCUUAUAUAAAUCUCAUCCAACCUUCUUGUACAUUAUUAAUUUUGUUUAAAGGUUUAUUUUGUUUUACUAAACCAGCAUUGGGGAGGAAAUGUAAGGAAUAGUUGAUUAAACAGUAAAAUUAUUACUUAUUCAUUAAUACAUGGACUCCAUGUUAUAUACCUUGCUGUUAUGAUUUACACCUUCCAUUAGAUUUUUAUGUAACCUACUAGAAAAUAUAUUAAGAAUAAAAAACAACUUUCAUCUUGAUGUGUUCUGCAAAGCUUGAUGAUUAAAGUUUAAGAAGUUUAGUAGACCGAACUAUUAGAUCAUUAAAGGGUUAAAUGAACGUUAUUUUAAGACAAAGUGAAAGGAAGAACUGGUUCUGAGAUUAGCUUUAGAGCCACAAUUUUUCCAUCUGCUUGAGUUUUUCUAACAAAGAAUUUUUCAGGUUUGAAUACUUUAAAGCCUUAAUUUAAUUGUUUUAAAUCACUCCUUAUUAAUAUGACCAGUGAUAACAUAAGCAUGUAAGGAACAAAUGAAAUAUCAAGAAUCUUCUUUGGUUUGAUACAAAUUCUUAAAACUGAAAUAAAAUUUGCUAAUUAUUUGAACGUUUGUUCUUAGUGAACUAUAAAUUAUAAACUAACAAGGUGAAAUAAACAUCCUGAAAGUCAAGUAGUGACAACAUCAAUGUGUGUUUUUGAAGUGCAACAACUAAAACCCCACUUACGUAACUUCAGAUUACUAAAGCAUUAUACAGAUGAAGACCAGGCCUUAAUCUACAGAAUAAAAACUUUUAGUAUAAAAAGAUUGUUUUUGAAAUUAUUUUUGGAUGAUUAUUCUGUCAUACUUUCAAAUAAAUAUGCUGUUCUUGCCAAUAACUCAUAACGUCUCUUGAUUUGCUUGUUGCUCUAGUUGCUCUGGCAGAACAAUUACCUGAAACUUGAGAAGGUUUUUACAUUUUUUUGUUUGACUUCUAAACAUACUGUUAGUUUAUUGUUAAAUGGAAAAUAUUUUAUCUAACAGUAUUUUCUAGAUACUUAUUUGGAUUUUUAGAAAAAAAUCUACAGACUGAUUGUAGAAAGUAGUUUAGAAAUUUUAGUAAUCAAAUCAGUAUCUAGAAAAUAGAUAAUGUUUUGAAAUCUUUUUGGAAAGACUCUUUUAGAGUAAAAGACUCGUUUUCUCCUAACAUCCAAGUUAUAAGUAUAGUUACAAAUACAGUAGAUGGCCUUGAGUCUGAGAAUUAAACCUGUAAGAGAGCAGAGAUCAACUCUGGGAUCGGCAGCAUUUGUGCCUCAACUAUUUAUUUGGAAAACUUUGAUGAAAGUUCUGAAAACGAUUAAAGCAAACUUGCAAAUUUAGGGAAAAAAAUAAAGUACUCACUUAUUAACUUUUUUUUUAUUUAAAAAGUAAAUAUUUAAAUUUGUAUCAUUUUAGCUAAUCAAGAAAAAAAUGACACA